AUGGGACAAGAGAUGAGUGUUGGUGAGGAAGGCGAUGCGAGCAUGUCGCCGGCGGAACUCAAGGAUUUCCAAGGACUUACGUGUUUCAGUGAAGAUGACAUCUUGCACUGGUACCGGAGCUUCUGUCUGAAGUUCCCCGAUGGGAAAAUGGGGGGCGACGAUGUGGAAAAGCUGUACACUGCCCUCUUCCCCUACGGAACCCCGGCUCGCUUUCGAGAGCACGUUUUCCGAAUGAUCGACGCGGACCACGAUGGCGAGAUUGAUUUCCGGGAGUUCCUCACAUGUCUGGCGGUCGUCAUGAAUGGCAACUCGGAGCAGAAACUCCGCCGCGCAUUUUGCCUCUACGACGUCGACGGCGACGGCUUCAUCACGGAAGACGAACUCUCCGUAAUUUUUCAGCAGAUGCAGCUGACUGGGCGGAUGGUUCUCGCGAACCCACAGCACGCUCAGUGUGCAAAGAACAUCGUCGGUAAAUUCGAUAAGGACGGUGACGGUAAACUAGAUUUCGAAGAAUUCUCCAAAUUAGCAAAAACCCUGCCCCCUAUCGUGGACACGAUUUAUCGCGAUGUCGAUCAAGAACGAGACAACAUCGACAAGACGACUUAGGAGACAUCCUCAGGAAUGCCCGAACGUCGACAGAAUUUUUCUGAUGUACACUUGCCGAUAAGCAGCUGCCGAGCAAGAAUUGUCGACAUGCCAUAUAUAUAAGUCAGACUGCUUUGAUUCAAUCAGUCAUCAUUCGCGAAUCGCCAUGGCUCGCACUGGCGCACGGCGAUUCGAUUCGUCGGAUUCCAAAUAUGGGACCCCGUUCAUUCAAGCAACCGCGAGCCUCAGACCACAGGAUCCGCUCGAGACUCCAUGUCGA